AUGUAUUCAAAGCUUACUGAUUGUAUGAACGAACUACUGUUAAAAGAAAGGGAACUGGAACAUCGACUCCGGAUGUUAGAUGAACAGCAACGUUAUCCGUAUUUGUAUGCUAGCACUAGUCGACCUACCAUCGUUCGUGCGGGCCCUCGAACUAUCAGAGGAUCAGAGCAAGAUAUUUAUUGUACCGCUGUCGAUCCGCACUCUUAUGGUAUGGAGGUAUCGUCGAGUGAGGAAGAACUGCCUGAGUACCAUCGUGGUUCCCCUUAUAGAUGCAGUCAGGCCAGUAGCUCAUCUGGUUUCCCAUCAUCCAACUCAGCCACAUUCUCCCGACAAUCUUCAUCUCGCAGUUCUGCUGGUAUGCGACGUCGUGACAGUGCCCUACGUGAAUCACCCAGUCGAGGCCAUCACAGCCCCUUCUCUCGUAGUCCCUAUAUGAGGCAUUCAUCAUCAUCUCAAUAUUGUUCGGAAUUGGUUCGAAAUUCCCCAGCACGGACCAGCGGAAUGUCUGAGGAUAGUGGCGUACACAUGUGGAACGAACCUCCUCCAUUACAGGGAGGACAACCGGUAUGCUUUGUGAAGGUCAUUUGUGCUAAACUCAGUGUUACGCGAAGAAAAAUGUGGUCUUAA